AUGCUACGAUUGCGACAGCUGUUCAAAAUGGCCGACGAAACCGUUGCGAAGAAAUUGAAGACCUCCCCUCCUUUGAUCGGAACUCAUAACGGUCAUUUCCACGCCGACGAGGCCCUGGCGGUCUAUCUUCUUCGCCAGCUGCCGACAUAUGCCUCCUCUCCUCUCAUUCGUACCAGAGAUCCGGCUCAAUUGGCCACAUGUCAUACUGUUGUCGAUGUUGGUGGAGAGUAUGACCCAGCCAGCAACCGCUAUGAUCACCAUCAGCGUACCUUUUCAAACACCUUCCCAAACCACAACACCAGGCUUUCUUCCGCAGGCUUAGUGUACAUGCACUUUGGCAGGGCUAUCAUUGCUCAACAUACUUCACUCCCGCUGGAUCACGACGAUGUUACCUUGCUUUAUGAGAAGCUUUACACGGAUUUCAUCGAAGCAGUUGAUGCCAACGACAAUGGUGUCUCAGUUUACGACCCCGCGGCUCUGGCAUCGGCCAACAUUGAGAAACGUUUCAGGGACGGUGGUAUCACGAUCACUUCUGUGGUCAACGAUAUGAACAACCCCGACCCUACUUGCCCACCUGGAGAGCCCCAGGAUGAGGAUAGUCUCUUCAGCAGGGCAAGCACAUUCAUGGGACACGUCUUCACUCGCAAGUUGCACCAUGCCUUUACUUCAUGGCUUCCAGCUCGGGCGACCAUUAGCGCUGCCUACCGGUCCCGUCGCGAAGUUCAUCCCUCCGGCCGUAUUAUCAUUCUUCCACAAGGCGGUGUCCCUUGGAAGGAGCAUCUCUACAAUUUCGAGAAGGAAGCCUCAGGCGCCGGUGACAUCAGCCCCGAUGAGCAGGUCUACUAUGUGCUCUACCCCGAGAGUGCUACUGAAGGAUCCAAGUGGCGCGUCCAGUGCGUUUCGGUAAAUGAGGGUAGCUUCGAGUCCCGCAAGCCGUUACCAGAAAGCUGGCGUGGAGUUCGUGAUGCGGAUCUGGAUGGCUGCCUUGCCGCCGAAGCUGAGAAGGCUGGUAAGCCUAAGAUCCCAGAGGGUGCAGUCUUUGUUCAUGCUAGCGGCUUCAUUGGUGGACACAAGACAAAGGAAGGCGCAUUUGCCAUGGCCGUUCGGUCAUUGGAGCUAUAG